GUGGAAAACUUUAUUUGUAUGCAAAUCAUAAACGAUUGUGAAUUACACGAGUUUGUAGAACACUUGAUUAUAUAGCUAUCUGAAGCAAUAAAUUGAUUAAACUAACAAAAUUGAAACAAGUUUAGAAACAAGAGUGUUUAAUGCAUACAUGACGGUGUAUGGUUUGAGAAUCAAUACAUACAUUGAGUUAUUGUUUGAAGAGAAAAACGCAGUGAAAACAAAAGAAGAAAAAAGUUUUUGAACAACAUGAUAAUAUAGUUUCUCGGAGAGAAUUAAUUGGGCCUUGUAUGAUUCGCAGUCGAUAGGAGGAGUUUUUAAAAGUGAAAAUUAAACAUUUUUAUGAAAGUGACGUCACAAAAACCUAGACAAUAGUCUGUAAAACGUUAUAGUGCUUUACUAGAGAGUAAGUAACCUUUACACUUAGAACUGAGUGAUAUAUAUCGCAGCUGACUGGAAGAGGUAUUCCACUAAGAUGACACGAGUAAGUCCAACCCGGGACGAGUUUCAGCUUAAGCUCGCAGACGUCGGGGGCUCGGACUGGGGUGACGAGUAUGGUAGGGAUACUGGGAGACAUACUAACGGUAUACAAAAAGGUGAACUUUCAAAUUCAAAAGAUAAUACGAAAUCAACUGUUCGGCGUCGGCGUCGGCGCUCGUUUGAACCAGGAUCUGAAGACUACGCCGCGUACGUGGAGAAGAGAGUUUUCAACAAAAGACAUGCCUGGACUCCGUACCUUUGGGAAAGGAAAAGAGAUAAACGUCUAAUGGGAAACUUGAAUCCAACGAAAGGCUGGAAAGGAUGGAAGCAUAGACAGAAAAUGAGAUGGAACAGUAUAAAGUUGUCGUGGCGAGAAUGGAUGGCUUCCCUUGAGCUCUGGAGACAUUCGCUGAAACGUAUUGAAGGUCAUCAAGGGACGGGUGUAGUCUCAUACUUCGUGUUCUUAAAGUUCCUUCUCUUUCUGAACGUCUUCAUUUUCCUCGCCACGUUUAUCGUUGUCAUAUUCUUCCAAGUGGCGUUUGACAGCACCAGUUUCACCAAAGAGACGACAGGAUUUGACAACAGCUCACAGAGUCCGGGGGUCAUACUUUCUCAAAACUGUACAACCAGGUACCAAGUGAACGAAACGUCCGGAUUUCAGGUUGUCCUAGAUUUGAUACAAGGAACGGGCUGGAUGGAAACCACAUCAUUUUUCUAUGGUUACUAUGGAAAUACCGAAGUUUCAAUUCCGGGUGGAUUGUACAAUAUUCCAUUUGCUUACUGUAUAACCACGUUAAUUGUUCUGAUCGUCAGUCUCUUGGUCAUGGUUCAUUACACGUUUACGAAGUACACAGAUACUAUAGUAUCAACUGAAAUACUAUCACACAAGUCGUCUGUUUUCUUCAUUUCUGUCUGCUGUGGCUGGGACUACAGGAUAUUUGGAGACAAACCUGUACUGCUUCAACAUAAACAUAUGUUCCAGAGAUUCUGCGGAGCAUUAGAAGAUCAGAAACAUGAGUUAGAAAAGAAAGAAAGCACCAGUGUAGCACGUUUCUUCCUUUGGGUUAUACGAAUUGUUGUCAACGUCUUAAUACUUAUCCUGCUUGGAGCCACUGCAGCCGCUAUCUACUACGCGCAGACAUUCUCCGCAGAGUUUACGACCAGUGAUAAAAAGGACGACUACAACAUGAUUGUUCAGCUGUUCGUACAGUUCCUGCCAUCUCUUAUCAUAGCAGCAGUGAACGCAGUGUAUCCUAUAAUAUUCCUGCUGGUGGCAAAACUAGAGAAAUAUCGGCCGUCGUUUGUGAUCAAAAUUACACUUCUUAGAGUUGUUUUUGUACGGCUGGCCGCGCUGAUGGUUGUCACAAUGACAAUCUACGUAGAAGUGACUUGUUCCACACACGAUGAAUGUUACAUUGGGACGGGUGAUUGUCCAGCAGUACAGUGUUGGGAGACGUAUUUUGGACAACAGAUCUACAAGUUCUUUGUAGUUGAAUUUGCUUGUGAUCUCCUACUGACCUUAUUGUACGAACUACCAAGAAAGCUGGUGACCACAAAAGUCGACUGGAAUUUAGCCAAGAAGAUCGGUCCUGCCGAGUUUGACAUAGCAAUUAGCGUCCUUGACCUUGUUUAUGGACAAGCUCUUUGUUGGUUGGGAUUCUUUUUUGUUCCCCUUCUACCAGCCCUUACUGUGAUCAGACUUGUUAUCCUUUUCUAUCUCAAAAUGUUGUCGGCGUUAUAUAAUACAGUUCCACCACAGAAACCAUACCAGGCGGCGAGAUCAAACGCCUUCUUUAUGAUUGUUUUGCUAAUUACGUUUUUCCUUGUCGCAAUACCGAUGGGAUACGUCCUUGUAGAAUUGCAGCCAUCUCCGAUGUGUGGGCCGUUCCGAAUAUACUCCAAGCCGACUGAAAUAGUGGAUAUCCAGAUAGACCUAGCGCCGGAAUGGUUUAAGACCACAUGGGUUAUAAUCACGUCAUCCGCCUUUAUUACGGGAAUUAUACUUAUCCUAGGGCUGGCCUUGUCAUACUGCUCUGCUCUGCGAACCUCGAACAAGAAACUGAUCAAAUCAAUGAAGGGUCAACUUAUGCAGGAUGAAAAAGAUAAACAAUAUUUGGUCCUGCAACUGAGUAAAUAUACUGGAGGUACCGAGCAGAGUCCGGAAACAAACAAGCUUCCGCCACCUACUUACACAGUGAAGCCAAAGGCAGAGUCCUUCAAUCAACUAAAUGAUACAGACAACAGGAGUCCACAUAUACCAGAAAAACCGGGGUCGCCAAAAGGGGUAGUUGUGCAGGUAAACACACAAGAUGAAGAUUGGUGAAGAAAUAUUUUACUAUUAUUUGUGGGAAGUUACAUUCCAAAACUAGUAUCACAGAUUCCAGCAUACUUCUGCCUUCCUAAAUGGACUACUAACUUUAGUAAUCACUUUGGUUUACCAGUUCAACAAAUCAUUUUUUCUCGAAAGGAUCUGAUCUGGCAGUUUUAUGAACAAAAUGUUAUAAUUUACAAAACAAAAAUAGAACCAGUUCUGAUUAGACAUUGAAAUCAUGAAGAGUCUUCGGGCUGAAGAUACAGAGAACACCACAAAUCCUGUCAUCCCUGCAUGUGUUAUGUUUUCUUGCUUCAAAAUAUCAUUUACUAGGUAUCCUGGAAAGUCAUUUUAUAACAAGAUGUUAUAUUAAUUUUAGUUGUAUUUAUACGUUGUUUGAUGAUGUCACAUGGUCUAGUUAUACUAAUAUUUAUAAAUGUUAUUGUUUCGUGAAGAGCA